ACAGGUUGACCAAGCAGCACGUGAGGUCAGCAAGCAAGGAUGUCACGCCAGCUGUCCCACCACCUCAUACCCUCCGACCCAGAGUAUUAUACACUCUGCUCCGACCCUCAAGCGACAAUAAAAACGGAAACAACCAUAAAGGCGAGUUCACACGUGCUAUUUUCUUUUUUUUUUUUUUCUACAUACGUACAGAUUCCGACUUAUCCCUUCUAGUUGGAAAGCGUCAGACGUAGCGACUGGAAGUUAUCGACUAGUUAACGCCUUGGCGGCUUAAGAUUAUGCACAAUUGCGAUCAAAUUAAAUCCUGGCAAGUCUUCAAUCCUCAUCAACAACACCCUGCAUUGAGGGAUACUGUUCUUCUAGAGAGAGUGGUGCCUAUUUCGUCGAACGACGAUUUGCUUUACCGUAUAAUUAAUUUCUGGGGUCCCAGAUGUGUUCUUAUUCCCUCACCAAGUCUUAACAUCUGUACACCUGACCACAUUUUCAAAGCUUACUCCGUGAUGUCACGACGUAAAUAAAGUCACAAAUCGACAAGCAAGUCCAACAUGUUGGUCUUGAUUUGCGACUGCUUUUGCAGUAGCAAGGCGUCGAUUGAGAGUCGGAAACUCGUACAUUCGUUAAAAAAAAAGUCACAAAUUGGCACGUGUGAACUCGUCUUAAAAGUACGUGAAAAUAACGGGUAAUAAGAGAAAGAGUGACUAGGGAGCGUGGCUGAUCACAUUAUUAUUAUUAUUGUUAUUAUUAUUAUUAUUAUUAUUAUUAUUAUUAUUAUUAUUAUUAUUAUUAUUAUUAUCACUAUUUUUGCAACCGUAGUUCUCAUCACUACUCAACAUUACAAUCAUUACUUUCCCUACACUCAAUAGCGGUGGCGUCGACUGGCGCGCCUCAGGAGGAGCAGCUGUCCCUAGACUCAUAAACAACAGCCAUUUUGCCUCGUUGCUACAAACACCUCGCUACUCGGCACGUUGUCUGUGGAGGGCAGAACAACCAUCAAACAAUAAAGCAGUCAAAGAAAUAUCAAGCCAUUGUUCAGUUUGGACAUGGAGGACUUGGAGGAAACUAUGCUUCAGCUUCACCAGUCAUUAGAAAGGAAGUCAUUGUCCAUCUUCAAAGUUCCAGGUAGUAACACUAAACCAGUCAGAAAAGUAUGCCGAGACAAAAUAAGUAUUGAUAAAAUGGAAGAUUCUGAGAGCUCUGACCUAGAAGUGCCUGUGAAUAAUGGGUCUGAUAGCAAAAUACCAGAAGAGAUUACCCACAUUCACAAUAACUUAACACCAGAUACAAGACAGGAUGGAGAGCCUAAGAGCAAAAGCAAAGACCAUCCUAGGAAUCUGCCUGCCAUCACAACACUGAAACCUGAGAUCUGUAAAGAAGUAGUUAAGUUUGUGUCAUCAUGCAGUGCAACAACAAAGACAGAGACCACUGUGCACCCGAGGAACAUGAACCAAGUUAAAUCAACCCAUUCUAGAAUGAAUGAAAAUCUGCAGCAGUCUUACUCAAGUCAGAAAAAUCAGUUAGGUGAGAGAAAAACACCCCAAAAGAGAUGUAAAGUACCUCUCAUUCAGAACUCAAACGCUUUCCAGCAUCUGAACUGUAUGAAUUUCUCAAUGAAUAAAAGGAACCAGGUGAACGUAGGUAGACCUUCAGUGAGAGGCAGACCUGAUCAGUUUGUGCCUCUCAAUCAGCCAUUUACCAUUCAGCCUACAGAAACUUGCACAUCUGUCAAUAAAACAAAGAUCACAGUUUCUCUUCCACCAAUGUCAUUCAAAACUGAGAACCAGUUGCUCAAAGUGUUUUUUGAGAUAUCAAAGCUGCAUGGCUGUGAUGUCAGUGUAGACAGAAAAGACUCAGCAAUGAGGGAUGAAGACAGAAUCAGAGAAUUGGCUUCUCAUCACCUUGGCAGUUCCAAGAAACUCACAAAAGCAUCUGGUAUCCAGAAGAGGAAAUCUCAACAAUUAACAAAUAAACAACAGAAUUCAGCAACUUUCCAAGAACUGCGUAUCCUUCAGUCAAAGCUUCACUCUCUUGGAACACAGAUUCAACCCAUAGAAGUAAAACAGGAACAAACACAAUGUCAAGACAGCAGCAGUGAUUCUGAUUCUUUCCCACUUCUAUAUCCAGAGGUUAUAAUGCAAAGCUCUCCUUGAGAUCAAGUGCAAUAGAGGCAGGAAAGUUUUUUUUUUUUUCAUUAAAAUUUAAUUUGAAAAUGGUUAAAUUGUCUAAUUUGUACAAUACCUCUUUUAUUAUGCACAUAGUUAAAAGGAUACAAGGUCUCUUUCUUAUUAUUAUGUAUCAUCUCUCUCUUUAUAGGAAGAUACAGAUAUGAGUACAAAAUUACUAUAAACUUAUGUACAAUAUUGAUUUAUAGCCAGUAAGAUGACUGAGGUUUUCAAAUCUUAACAAACAGGGAGUAGGUUACUGUAGUAAGGCAAGGUCAGAAAAGGUCUGCAUUAUAUACAAAAGUUAUGAGUGAAACAAUUAAAAUUUAAGUUCAAGAGUCAAGCUAUGCUUUAAAGGAAUUUUGCCAAUUUUGUUUCAGUUUUAAAAUUUUUUAAGAGUUUAGAUUUCCUUUAACCAAGUUUUAUGAGCAGAGUUUUCUUGCUUAUUGUUUUUGUCACAGGAUGGUAAUCCAUUUGUAGACUAUAUAUCUAUUCAUCUCUACUGUCGACAUAAAAAUACUUGCCAAAAAAUUGUUUUAAAUAUAAAGAUGUAAUUAGGACACAUAGCUCGGUAAGUAAAAGACUGCCUACCAUCAGAAAGCACCCAGCUGGUCAUACUUCAUUUCAUGUUAAAGUUAAUCAUCUAGUAAUUUUUAAAUGUAUCCAGAAUUACACAGGUUCUAAUGAGUAUUUUUUCUGUACAAGAUUAUGAAAAUAUGUACAAAAACAUUUACAAAAUAAAAAAGUUAUACUGCAUUCUGGUUUUGAUCAGACAAAUUUAUAGAAAAC